GGAAGCGCAGAUUAUCUGAGGUUGUGGGGAACCGUGGGUAAUUCCAGAUGCUUGCUUGGCCCCCUGUCCCAUCUCCCCUGCUCAUCUGAUGCUCCAGCAAAGUAUAAGAACAGGAGCACCUUUGGGGAGUGAAUUAGCAGGAAAAUACGGCUCUUGCUUAAGCCUAAAAGCUAGUUCAUUCAUUCAUUCCUGCAACAGACAUUUUCUGAGCACUCCCUCCGUGGCCGGUAUGUGCUCAGGGCACAAGGUACAGCUAUGAAGGAGAUCUGGUGCCUGCCAGCUACUUCCAGGCUAAUCGUGGAGCUGGGCGCUGCGACCACAUCUCAAGUUAGGAGAAGUCAGAACAGGGAUAUUAAAUGAGACGACAAAUGGCACGAGCCCAGGGGAAAUGCCAGGGCUGUGCUCAGUGAUGGCCGCUGCCUGCCGUCCAGCAGAGAAAAGUAUCCCAGGUAGGGGAACCUAUUGGGGCGAAGGCCCAGAGGACAAAGCAUUAGCUAACAGAUGCCUCUUUCUCUCUCCUCCUCCUCCAGAUCCCACACCCUUGGACCCACAGGCUGGUUUUUCUGGUUUGCUCCCCCCAGGGCAAUUUGCAUAUUUCUCCAAGAACCUUCAGGAAGCUGAGCAGCCUGUUUCCAGACUUGGAGAGAGGAGAGGCCAGGGGAAGCCAGCAACUGUUUUCUGAAAUCUGGGGCUGGAAAUGGCCACGUGCAACAGUUCAAGUGAGGGGCUGCCUCCGGUGGCCGAGCCAGCCGUGGAGGGGGAGCCUCAUCUGCCCGUGGGCCGGGAGCUGGCUGAGGCCAACCGCUUUGCCUAUGCCGCCCUCUGUGGCAUCUCCCUGUCCCAGCUAUUUCCAGAACCUGAGCAAAGCUCCUUCUGCACGGAGUUUGUGGCGGGCCUGGUGAAGUGGCUGGAGUUGCCUGGAGCCGUCUUGCCAACCAUGACCGCUUUUGCCAACGGCCUGGGAGGCGAAGGAGCAGACGUGUUUGCUGCCAUUUUAUUGAAGGACCCCAUCUUGAAGGACGACCCAUUGGUGAUCAUUCAGGACCUUCUGAGCUUCUCCCUCCAGGAUGGGUGUUAUGAUGCACGGGCCCGAGUCCUCAUUUGCCACAUGACCUCCCUCUUCCGAGUGCCCGUGGGGGAGCUGGAUCUCCUUGAAGAGACGUUCCUUGAGAGCCUGAAGGAAACCAAAGAGGAGGAAUCUGAAACGGCUGAGGCAUCCCGGAAGAAGAAGGAAAACCGGAGGAAAUGGAAGCGCUAUCUCCUGAUAGGCCUGGCAACUGUCGGAGGCGGGACGGUGAUCGGCGUCACCGGGGGUCUGGCUGCCCCUCUUGUUGCCGCUGGCGCUGCGACUAUCAUCGGCAGUGCCGGGGCAGCGGCUCUGGGCUCAGUGGCUGGCAUCGCUGUCCUGACCUCGCUGUUUGGUGCGGCUGGAGCCGGCCUGACAGGAUACAAGAUGAAGAAGCGUGUCGGGGCCAUUGAAGAGUUCACAUUUCUGCCUCUGACAGAAGGCAGGCAGCUGCAUAUCACCAUCGCCAUCACAGGGUGGCUGGCGUCUGGCAAAUACCGUACCUUCAGCGCCCCGUGGGCGGCCUUGGCCCGCAGCCGCGAGCAGUACUGCCUGGCUUGGGAGGCCAAGUACCUGAUGGAGCUCGGCAAUGCCCUGGAGACCAUCCUCAGUGGUCUCGCGAACAUGGUAGCCCAGGAGGCCCUGAAGUACACAGUGUUGUCUGGCAUCGUGGCUGCCCUGACCUGGCCAGCCUCACUCCUCACUGUCGCCAACGUCAUCGACAACCCCUGGGGCGUGUGUCUCCAUCGAUCCGCAGAGGUUGGCAAGCACCUGGCCCACAUCCUGCUCUCCCGGCAGCAGGGCCGGCGACCUGUCACCUUGAUUGGCUUCAGCCUGGGAGCCAGAGUCAUCUACUUCUGUCUGCAAGAGAUGGCUCAGGAGAAGGAGCAGCCUGGCGGCGUAUUCAGCGGGAAGGACUGACUCCCCCCCUUGGGAAUCCCUUGUCUUCUGGAUGAGCGUUUUGAACGCGUCGUGUGGCCAAGGAAGCUCGUCGUCUUCAGACAGAAAUAGACAGACCCAGAUUGUGCCGGGGUGUGCUGAUGGCUGCUCCCUGUUUGACUCACUCCAGUCAUCAUCUUCUCUUCAUCCUCGCCUCGCUAGCUAACAGACAUCGGCACUUACUCUGUGCCCACCACAGCUACAUAUUGUACGUACUGUAUUUAAUCCUCAGCGAUAAUCCUGUGAGGUUCUAAUUAACCCCGUUGUACAGAUGAGGAGACCAAGCCUUACAGAGGUGAAGCGACUGGGCCACGGUGACAGGGCUGCUAAUGGUGCCACUGGAACUUGCAUCCACAGUGGCCGACCCGUGCUCAUAUUCGUGAUUUUGGUCGCUAACCCUGACAGCAACCUGAGAUCAGGAUGAUUCUCUCCAUUUUGCGGGAAGGCUCAGUGUGAGGCAAAGCCACGUUUCCAGGUGCAUCCAGCAGGGUUUUUUGGUUGCAAGGCCUUGGAUUCCCAUGAGCUGCCCUUCCCUCAGAGCUCCCCCGUGCCCGGGAAAGACAACUGCAAGUUCAGGGCGGCUCCUGUCUGUUUGGGUCAGAGCAUCCUGUGCUUUACAGCCAUUCUUGCUGCCCAGAAGGCUCUCUGCCUUCCCCCCAGCCCCAGGCGUGGCGCCAGCUCAGACACCUCCUUCAAGAUGUGGCUCAGAGAUCCCCUCCCCCGUACUCCUCGUGGAGGGAGAAGUCUCUGACUCGGAGGCAGUGAGGAAGGAAAAGGUGUUUCUUGCAAAAAGGUGUAAACUAGCCAGACUUCAGAAGGCCAGGCUUGUCAAAUUACACACACACACACACACACACACACACACACUCACACUCCUGAGUCCCAGGGUUACCCCGUGUUUAUCACACGGUGGGGAAACUGCCAUGUUCUCAUGAGAUUAUGGAAGCCACACGGGGUGUCAGGGUCUUCCGCCAUCCGUGUUCCAGAUGCUGCGAACAGAGCUAUUCUCAUGGAGUCAGCAGCUUGCGGGAGGCGCUCGUUCAUUUGGGAAACUAGACGUGACAAGGGGGCCCUCCUGUUUCUGCUUUCUCUCAGAGGAUAAAGCGGGCGUUUGCUUGUCUUUGGGGUUUGGGCCACAACAGGGUGGGACGUCCGUGCUUCGGCCUAAUGGCACAGUUUUAUUAACUGAUCUCACAGCUUCCUCACGAGGCAGUAUUCCUCGUCCCAUUUUACAGAAUUGCGGAGAAGGAGGCUGAGACCCAGAGAGCCGAAGGGAUUUGCCCAGAGGCAGAGCCGGGAGGCGGCAGAGCUCAGAUUCAUGCCCAGCACCCAAGUCCUAAGUGUGAGCCAUUCUCUUUGGGGGGCCGCCUCUCUGCUGCCUCUUCCCGCCCCCUUUCCCCAGCCGGCUGUCCCUGCACACACUACACUGUGCUGUGCAGCUGCUUACUGGUCUUUCUCCCGGACUAGAGGGCGGUCAGCCUCAGGGAGGACCUGUCUUUCAGGUUCACCUCUGACCCAGGACUUGGCACAUAGGAGGUGUUAGUAGCCAAUUCGUUGAUGAGGCACACGACGGUAGCCGGGAAGUUUGCUGUGAGUGCUGCCUACAGAACGCGACGACAGCCCCCAAGACCUGAGCCAGCCCCCGCACCGCUCCGCUUCCAGCCGGCAUGUGCCCAGCAGGCACGAUCGGCCAGCACCGCCACACCCCCAUGCACCCAUCCUGCCCACUCAAAACUGAGACGAUGGGCACCUGCCAACAAGUAUUUGUGCCUUUGGGCAGGAAAUGAACGUAGCCAGAAUUCCCAGAGACGAACCGUCCACUUCCGGCGGUCCAUCUGCCAGCCCACGGGAUGGAUGUGCUUUGGGAGUGGCUGACCGUCCAGACCAAGGGUAUUUCUGGCCCCAGCAGGUGGCAGGGGGACUAUAGCGGUGCCUGUUGCCAAGAAGAACCACCAUUCAAGCACUCACUGAGAGCCUCUGGGCCCCAGAUCAUGAUAGACUGUUCAUUUUUCUCUGCAUUUGCAUCAAAAGCUUUCAAAAAUUAAGUAGUUGGAGAGCGAGCUCAAUUCAGACUGACUCAUGGUAGCAGGCUGAGCCAGGAAAUGGCCUCAUGAACCAAGAAAAUCAGUUCUGUUUCAGUUUAUUUAUGCAUUUAUUCUCCUCUUCGUUCCAAAAGGAUUUGAGGGGAAUUAAUUAGAGGCAUUCCAUAUUAUCUCUGCCCCGUGGCUCCGGGCAGGUAGUCAGCGAGACAUCUGAGAUGAGCCAGCCCACCUGUCGGCGUAUUCAGUCUGUACACGGAAGCCUGCCGGGCGUGCUGCGCUCUGGGUUGUGGGGUGCGUGCAUCCACUCGGCCUGGCUCCCCCAUCCACGCUCCAUCUGUAAGCUGGCUCCAUUCAUUCACCUUCCCUGUAUCUCCAAGACGCAAGGGAUCGUGGCAGCCAAGGCGGAUGACAGAAAGAAGGAGCACUGGACCUGGAGUCUGGAAGCCAGAGUUCAAAUCCAGGCUCUGCUUGUUACUCUCUGGGUGCCCUGAGGCUAGUCACCCACCUCGGAGCAGGGUACCAAGGCCUCUCGGGCUGGUCCUGGGAUUUAAUAACUACUAUUUAUUUAUUUAUUUAUUUA